GCGAGCCCGAGGCGCGUGGCAGGGCCAGAGCGCAAGGGCCCACGCAACGGGGGCGGGCACGGCACGCGCUAAGCGCCGCCGCCGCACACGGCGGCGCAACUCGACUUAUCUCAGCGCGCCGGGCGCGUCAGGGUGCGCUGCUCGAGGGCGCUGCUGGGGCGCAGCAUGGAUGACGCCACCCCCGCGCGCCCUGAGAGGCUCUCGCAGGCGUCAGUCACAGCUUGUCCAGCUACCACCACCCCUCAACCGACACGGCCGCCAGCUGCCUCUCACACACCAGCUGCUUGCCUCUCUCGACUACACUCCGCAAUGGCGUUCGUCACGCAGCGCGGCCGCGGCCGUGCGCCGCCUGCGCAGCAUGCGCCGUCCGCCAGCAGCAGCAGCAGCAGCACCACGCUCGGCCAGCCGGGCACGGCGCAGCACGCCUCGCACAGCGCACGCCAAUCUGCCAGCUCGUCGCUGCUCAGCGUCGGCGCCGCCGAGUCUGCGCGCCCGCAGCAGCGGCGCCGCGGCAGCCCGUCCGACGCGGGCCUGCGCGAGAGCCUCGACUGGAACGUCGUGUUCCCCGGGCGCGCAGCCGACAAGGCACGGGCAUCACCACAGGCGUCUUCGUCUGCGCGCAGCGAGUGGACGCUGCUCGCAGAGGAGGCGCUGUCCGCCGACGAGAUGUCUGACGUCGCCCGCCACUGUGAGUGGAGGCAACGUCUCGGUGCUUGCAGGCCCGCGCUGCUGUCGCGGGGCCUCGCUAUCUCGGCAUACAUCCGGCGCGCCCAAGACGGCCAGUCCAUCUGCCCUGACGCUGCCGCCGCUUCACGACGGCACGGGCCGCUUUGUGCUGUCCGACGACGAGGCGGACGACGAGGCUGAGCUGUCGCCACAGGCGCUGCUGCGCUCCGCGUCUGCUGAUCGCUGGGAGGGCGCAUCGCACGCCUCGUCGGCCUUGCUGUCCGACUCGUCCGUCCUGCGCUUCUCCGACGAGGCGCCGGAUCUCGCCGCGAGCCUUUUGUUGCCGUCCGACUCGUCUGCGGCGUGGUCGGGCCUGACGCCCGACGAUGACGGCUACGCCUCCGAGCUGCACUUUGACGGGAUCUUUGCAGUGGCGCGCCGCGGUGCGAGUGACGAGGCCGUCGCGUCCUGGGCCAGUUCGUCGCGUCUCGUGCAGGAGGCCGCACCUCAUCAAGGUCGCAGCGCAUCGCAGCUGCCGCAUCCAGAGGCAGAGCUCACCGACGAGGAGUGGACGGCCUCUGCCGGCGACCGCACGCAGAUGGCGGAUGACGAGGCCGCCUUUGACGCGCUCCUCGCCGAGUCGCCUGCCGCGCAGAGCGCAGGCCUUGCCACGCUGCCACAUCGCAAGCGCGCGCCCAAGCGGCGCCAUCGUCUGGCCGGCGGCAGCCAGAGAAGCAAGCGCAGCGCUACGGACACGACGCGCAGCGUCGGCAAUGGCCCGCGCCUGGCCGCCCAGCCAGAGGCGCCUACGCCCGUCGCACCGGCCUACCAGCCUGACCGGCAGGCGGGCACGGGCACGCGGCUCAUGCGUGCCGUGCUGCAUCACGUUUUUGCCGCUGACGAGGACGUGCUCGAUGCCGUGCUGCACGACGCAGGCCCACUGGCCGUGCCGCAGCCGGCGAUCGACGAGUGCACCGCACGUCGGCGCGCUCCGCACCGCGGCUUCUCUCAUGAGAGGAGCCAGCAUGCCGGUGACGUCGCAGACGUAGCCGAGGAGUCCGAGACGGAGACGCAAGCCGAGUCUCCCCACGGCGGCGAUCGCGCUGCUGACUUCCGGCCGCGCUCGGCGUCGCUGUCACUCGUGGCGUCGGCGGCGCUGGCGCACCAGGCACGCCUCCGCGCGCUGGAGCCGACGGCCCUCGAGACGCUCCAGGCCGCGCUGGUCGACGGCUCGCUGCGCGUGCCGGCGCCGCUGCGGCUGCUGGGCCAGCUCGCGCGGGCCUUCCACCUCGCCGUGUGGGGCUCGCUCGAGCAGAAGGACCGGCCGCAGCUGCUCGACGAGCACGACGAGCUGCCGCACCUGCAGGAGGUGCCUCGGCUGUGGAACGGCGGCCUGCACCCCGCGCUGCGCGCCCGCCGCCAGAGCCACGAUUCGCGAUGACCCCUUCCCGCCACCCGCUGUACUUUUAUGCAAUAGAGCCUCUCCGCACACUUGCCUCUGCCACUCUGCAUCGCACCUGCCCGCGCCACACUCUGCUCGGAGCCAAGCAAUAUACAUGUCGUAAAGGGAGCACAGUGCCGGAGCGGCGUCGCACGU